AUGAACUGCUCUUCAGCUUCGCUGCUGAGCUCCUCCUUCCUCCCAGCUCCACCACCCAACACCAACACCUCCUCCUCCUUCAAACUCCCCCAAUCCAAACCCAACCGCCGCCACGUCACCGCUAAAAUGUCCCUCAACAAACCCCCAGACCCAACCUCCCUCCUCACCUCCGUCACCAACCUCCUCUGGGGCCCAUCCCUCCCUCCGGGCCUCCUCAUCUCCACCGUCCGUUCAGCCUGGAACACCACGUGGCGCCUCAUGAUGUCUCAGCUCGCCCCCUCCGACCCCUCCCUCGCCUACACCCGACCCCCUUCCCGCUUUCGCGCCACCCAAAUCCCCCGCCAAAACCGCACCUCCCUCCACCUCUACGUGGGCCUCCCCUGCCCCUGGGCCCACCGCGCCCUCAUCGUCCGCUCCCUCAAGGGCCUCGAAUCCGCCGUCCCCGUCUCAAUCGCCUCUCCGGGCAACGACGGCUCCUGGGAAUUCAAAACCACCCGCGACCCGGAUCCGGAUACACUCGACCCGACCCGGGACAAAGCCAACGGGUACAAAACCCUGAAGCAGGUCUACAAAUCCAGACCCGGCGGGUACGACGGUCGGUCCACGGUGCCGAUGCUAUGGGAUUCAAACAACAAAGAAGUAGUAUGCAACGAGAGCUACGAUAUAAUCGAGCUGUUCAAUUCGGGUCUAAACGAAAUGGCCCAUAACCCGGGUUUGGAUCUUUCACCGCCUUCUUUAAAGCCAAAGAUUGAAGAAUGGAACAGCAUUAUCUACCCCAAUGUAAAUAAUGGAGUCUAUAGGUGUGGGUUUGCUCAGUCACAAGAAGCGUAUGAUGUAGCAGUGAAUGACUUGUUCAACACGCUAGACAAGUUGGAGGAUCAUUUGAGCCGAUUUCGCUACCUCUGCGGAGACGAGCUGACGCUGGCCGAUGUCUGCCUCUUCACCACUCUCAUCCGGUUCGAUCUCGCCUACAAUGUCUUGUUCAAGUGCACCAGGAGGAAGCUGGUCGAGUAUCCCAACCUUCACGCUUACAUGCGUGACAUUUACCAAAUUCCAAAGGUUGCAGAAACUUGCAAUUUUCAACUGAUCAUGGAGGGCUAUUACAAAACCCUUUUCCCGCUCAAUCCGGGCAGCAUUCAGCCUAUCAUUCCUGUUGGAUCCGAGCAUCAAGAACUACUGAGACCACAUAACAGAGAUUCGUUGUGCCUUAAAGGCGCAAGGGAAUCAGCAUCGACACUUUCAGUUUCUUAA